CAGCUUGGUGAUUUGACUUUCUUGUUUUUUUUUUCAAAUGCAAUAAUCAUGUCCAAAGACAAAAAAGAGCUCACAGGAAUUCCAAGUGUGGUAGGCGCCCUGAUUUUCACUGCCGUUGGACUUGGCUCCGUUGUUAUUCACCUUCUGGCGCUCCGAUUCAUCGUUGUAUGGGUACUGAGCUUUGUAGGUGUCGAAAGCGAUUUCUGGCAAAACCAAUGGCAACAGAUUUGUGACAAAUAUGGCAAGGACGACCAGACAACAUUUUUUAUUGUUGGUACUUUGGUGGUUCAGACCCUGGCGUACUGGGUGUGGGGAAGUUUCUACAUAAUACUGGACCUGACUGGCUGGGCCUCGAGAUACAAAGUACAGCCCGGCACAAACCAGCCUCCUGAAAUGGGCAAGUUUAUCAAGUCAGUGGCGCAAGUUCUGUUCAACCAGUUUGUGAUUGGAGCUCUUCUGGCCUGGAUUUCGUACGAGGUGUUUGUCUCGACAGGCGCUGCUUUGAGCCACGAAAUGCUCCGAACGAUGCCGUCUUACUCGAGGGUCAUCGCCGAAGUGCCUUUUCACAUUAUGGGCCAAGAAAUCGGAUUUUACUACAGCCACAGACUGUUUCAUUACAAGUGGCUUUACAAGCACAUCCACAAGAAGCACCAUGAGUGGACGGCGCCGAUUGCCAUCAUGGCCGUUUACUGCCACCCCUUGGAACACAUUUUCUCCAACUUGGUGCCCGUCGCCCUUGGCUCAAUGCUCCUCAGGUCCCACCCUGUCAGCGUCUGGUUCUGGUUUUCUUACGCCAUUUUCCAAACCCUGAAUGGUCACUCUGGGUACCACUGGCCGUGGUUCCAGUCACAAGAAUUUCACGAUUACCACCACCUCAAGUUUAAUCAGAAUUUUGGGUCCAUUGGUCUUUUGGACUAUCUUCAUGGCACGGACACUCAGUGGAGAGAGAGCGUUCAGUUCAAAAGAAACAUUUUCCUAGUGGGCUUGAAGUCUGCCAGGGAAGUGGUCCCCGAUGAAGUAGCCAAGGCAAAAUGAUUAAUGAGAUUGUAUUGAAAUGCAGAUUUUAUUUACAAUAAUAAUAAUAAUGAGUAAAACUUCACUUACCUGUGGUCUAAUUAAAAAAUUUGAAAUUCAAGUUAAAUAUUAUUUG